UUGGUGCCUGUGGUGAAUCAACUACUCAUGAACAGUGCAUGCCAACGUAAAGAAACUUUCAAAACCCAGCGAUGCAUAAACGAGAUGAAUAUGUAUUUUACAGGAACUGGGAAUGAUCUGAAAUGGCUCCUUUAGAUUGGCAGCUGCAAUGUUUUUUAUCUCUGGUCACCUUUGCAUUCUCUCUAUACAACAGCUUAGCUCCAAAGAAUCGCAUACCUGCUUUGACAGAUGCCCCUCAGGUGCAGCCCGAGUAUGAUUUCGUAGUUAUCGGGGGCGGCUCUGCCGGGGCGGUUAUGGCGAACCGGUUGUCAGAAUUGGAGGAUGCGACAGUGCUGCUCCUGGAGGCGGGUGGCCAGGAGACGGACCUCUCCAGGGUCCCCCUGCUGGCGUCUUGGAAUCAAGCAACGGAGCUCGACUGGAGGUACAGAACAAAACCAGCCGAUAAAAAACGCCGCUAUUGCUUGGCAAUGACCAACACGAGCUGCACUUGGCCGCGGGGAAAGGUCGUUGGUGGUUCGAGCGUGCUCAACUACAUGCUGUACGUCCGUGGGAAUCGGAAAGAUUACGACCUCUGGGAGCAAAUGGGGAAUCCCGGAUGGAGUUACAAGGAAAUUCUCAAGUACUUCCUUAAAUCCGAGGACAACUCCAACGAAGACCUCCUCAAAACUCCCUACCACGCCUCCGGCGGAUUGCUCAGCGUCCAAGACGUCCCUUGGACGACACCCCUGGCGAAGGUCUUCCUCAAAGCCGGCAAGUUCCUCGGCUACAAAACCCGCGACAUCAACGGAGAACUACAAGAGGGCUUCACGAUCACCCAAGGCACAACUCGCUCCGGGUCGAGAUGCAGCACUUCCAGAGCGUUCGCGGUAACUGCUCAAACGCGGCAGAAUCUGGACAUCUCGAUGCACAGCCUCGUCUCGAGGAUAGGUUUCACGAACAAGAAACACCCCAAAGCCACGAAGGUGCAUUUCCUAAAAAAUGGCAAGAAGUACACUGUGAAAGUUAAAAAAGAGGUGAUCCUGUCCGGAGGCACCAUCAACUCCCCCCAAGCCCUCAUGCUGUCAGGAAUAGGACCGAGAGAUCAUUUGCGCUCACUCGGCAUAAAAGUAGUCAGGAACCUUCCUGUUGGCUUCGACUUACAGGACCAUCUCAGCGUUGGCUCGAUGUUCUUCCGCGUGGACAAAAACCAUACGAUCCCUUCUUCCAUGCCUCUCACCCCAGAGGCCAUUUCACAGUACCUGACGGCAGGGACGGGACCGAUGACGUCGUUAGGGACCUGCGAGGGCAUGGCAUUUAUUUAUUCAAAAUACGUCAACAGGUCCAACUCCUGGCCGGACCUCCAGCUGCAAUUCAGCGCGGACAGCAUACACUCGUUCCCCAAAGAGAUGGCCGCGCAACUUUGGAACCUCCGCGCCGACCUCUUCGACGGAACGCAGUACGAGGAGGUCACCGAUGACUUGUUUAUGAUUUUCCCAAUCCUCCUGAGGCCCAAAAGCAGAGGGCGAAUCACCCUCCGGAGCAAGGACCCGUUCGUGCAUCCAAUCAUCGAGCCCAACUACCUCGCCGAGCCGGAGGACGUUGCUGUUCUCGUGGACGGAAUGAAGAAAUCCCUACAGCUGGUCAACACACCGCCUUUCAGGCAGCUCAACGCACGGCCCGUGGCGAUUCCGUUCCCGGGAUGCGAACGGCACAAGCUGUUCUCGGACGAGUAUCUGGAAUGCUGCAUCCGGCACUUCACGUGGACGUUUUACCACCCGACGUCGACUUGCUCGAUGGGCAAGGUGGUCGAUCAUCGGCUCAAAGUCAUCGGGGUCGAGGGGUUGAGGGUCGUCGAUGCGAGUGUCAUGCCGACCGUCGUCAGCGGGAACACCAACGCGCCGACUAUAAUGAUCGCAGAGAAGGGGGCAGAUAUGGUUAAAGAAGACUGGGGCUACUCUAUCUUGGAGAGUGGGGUUCAUUGAUCAGUCAAACGUGGGUACUGGUGGCAAGUUUUACUUCGAGGUUAGAAAUUAGAUUUUACACCUUACCAGAGUGUGAACAAUUGGUCGCUUCCCGGACAACGAAACGUAACUCCACUCCUAAGCUGCAAAAUUGACUCAAACAAUUCAAUUGUUUACAAGGAUGCAAAACUGCAUCAUUUUUGUUGAUAAUGUGUUCGAUUUUUGUAUUAAAGCAGAAAAAACAUCAGAGAAGUGUUCAAUUAAAAAUUCCUAAGUCUAA